UAGUUGGUUGAAUUCACUGAUGCUGAGCCCAGAGGUUACAGAAGGCUGCCUGUAUUCUACGACGAGGGAUCCAUUCACAGAUAAGAGGACACAUGAGCUCCAGUAUACAUGUCCAAGCGUGUUCUGAGCAACACCGUAAGAGGCCAAAGUGGAAACAAUCCAAAUGCCAUCAACAGCAGAAACAUUUAUACUAUUGGACACCUUACAGCAGGCAACAGGACCAAGUACAGAUACACAGAACAACAUAGAUGAGGGAAAUAAAACAAACAAAAAAACCAUUAAACUGCAUAAAGCACAAUUCUAUUUAUAUAAGGUUAUAUAACAUUUUCAAAAUGAGCAACAUUUUAGUAAAUUUAUUUAGAAUUCUUCUGCAGAGGGGUUUUGUCUCUUCUCUCCAAUUUGUUAAAUUUACUCAUUUAUUCAUAACAGCAUGAACUCGCAGGUAUUUAUUUUAUUCUUUGGAUUAUAAUUAAAUAAUAUUUUAGUUAUUCUGUUGCUUAACUUGUUUAAGAUUUGGCCAUUGGGAGCUGUUUUCAUUGGUUCUUGUGCUCUUCUAAUAUAACCCCAUAAAUGUUCUAACAUAACCUCAUCAAUACUUUUGUUUGUUUUGUGUUUACCACAUUAUUAUUUUCCAACAUUCCAAGAUGGCUAUAGGCUCUUUCUAUAUUUCCUGCACAGGUCUAGAAACUUUAUUUCUUCAUAAGUAUUGCCACACCUUUUUUUUUUUUAACAUUAUCAGAUUGCAGUAUUAUUAAUCAUCUUUAGUCUAGAUUGCCUUUUGUUUAUAAUUCUAUCAUUGUUUUAAUAUUUUAUGUUAUUUGUUUUUACUUACUAAUUGCUGGAUUUCAACACAAAGAUUUAUAGGUUUUUAGAAAAUAUGGAUAUUAAUUUUCAAAUAAAUAUAGUCAGAUUCAGUUUUUAAAUUUUUGACCUUUAAUUUUAUUUCAACAAGGUCAAGAUUAUGCUCAAUUUAUUAACUUAUGGAAUUGUAACUGAUAUUUAUUUGUAGCUGCACUGGGAAAUUUUUGUAAAUGUGUUCUACGUAUUGAAAAGCAUUUUCCAUUUGGUUUUUGGUAGUUGCAGGUUACAAUGAUCACAGUUGUUAAGUUUGUUUGGCAAAUUCUAUAGCUUUUUUUUUUGACAAAGUCUCGCUAUCCACCAGGCUGGAGUGCAGUGGCGCCAUGUUGGCUCACUGCAACCCCCACCCCCAGGGUUCAAGCGAUUCUCCUGUCUCAGCCUCCCCAGUAGCUGGGAUUACAGGUGCCCUCAAGCACACUCGGCUAAUUUUCUGUAUUUUUAGUAGAGAAGGGGUUUCACCAUAUUGGCCAGGCUGGUCUCGAACUCCCGACCCCAGGUGAUCCACCCGCCUUGGCCUCCCAAAAUGCUGGGAUUACAAAGUGCUUGGCCUCCCAAAGUGCUGGGUGAGCUACCGCGCCCAGCCAAAUUAUAUAGGAUUCCUAACUUUGUUCUCUGCACUAUUGGUUUCGAUUAAAAUGUUGUUACAUUUAAAAAAAAAACCAACAUCUCCUAUGAUGAUUGCAGACUUUUCAGUUUUACCAUCUAAGUCUGAAUCUUGGCUCUCUAUGGUCAGUGCCAUGUGGUUAGGUGCAUAAAGUUCAUUACUGUAAUAUUGUAAUAUUUUCCUAUGAAAUUUCUUUUCAUUAACUAUAAAAUGUGCUUCUUUGAUCCUAUCAAUACACUGGAUAUUAAUAUUGCUACUCUAGGUUUCUUUUGUUUAAUAUUUGUGUGGAUUGCCUGUUCCCAUAAAUUGACUUUUAAUCACUUAGCGUUGUUCUAAGAUUGAUUUAAAAUGUAGAAUAAAAGGGAAGGUUAUGGGAGGGUGGGACGUCUAAUGUAAACCAAGCCCAGUGAUUACAUUGGCUGGGCGCUGAUUAGGUUAGGAUGUUGCCCAGGUAUAAAGCCAGGAUCUUCGGGACCUGGCUUCAUUUGGAGUUCAGCUACCAAGAGGAAACCUUCCUCUGGGUCCUGGAGUAUUUGGCCUGAAAUUGGGAAUUUGGGAAUUGCUGCUCUAGAGCGCUCCCUGCGGAGCUCGGCCGCCCGCCUCUCCCCCAGGUCUCUCCCGGCGUCCCCACGCGGGGCGCAACCGCAAGAGAGGAACGCAGGUCGCCCCACCAGCGCCCAGCGCAGCGCCAGUUUCCAGGCCCGGGCUGCUCUCGGAGCCAUGAGCUGCGGCCGCCCCCCUCCCGACGUGGAUGGCAUGAUCACCCUCAAGGUGGACAACCUGACCUACCGCACCUCUCCCGACAGCUUGAGGCGCGUGUUCGAGAAGUACGGGCGCGUGGGCGACGUGUACAUCCCGCUGGAGCCCCACACCAAGGCGCCCCGAGGCUUCGCCUUCGUCCGCUUUCACGACCGGAGCGACGCGCAAGACGCCGAGGCCGCCAUGGACGGGGCGGUGCUGGACGAACGCGAGCUGCGUGUGCGGAUGGCGCGCUAUGGCCGCCGGGACCUGCCUCGCAGCAGCCAGGAAGAGCCACGCGGCAGGUCCUGGGGCGGCCGCUACGGACGGCGGAGCCGCAGCCCCAGGGGGCGACACCGCAGCCAAUCCCGGGGUCCCAGCUACUCUAGGUCCCGCAGCAGAUCUCACUAUGGGGGGUCUCGCUAUAGCCUGUCUACCUACAGGAGAUCUCGCUACAGGAGAUCUCGCUACGGCCGAUCUCCCUACAGUCGAUCUUACAGCCGGCAUCACUACAGCCGAUCUCCCUACAGGGAAUCUCGCUACAGGAGGUCUCCCUACAUCCGGUCUUCCCGCAGCAGGUCUCCCUACCGCCGCUCUCACUUGAAGUCUGGGUCUCACUCUGCAUCUCCAUCAACCUCCAAAUCCAGCUCUCCGCGAAGAUCCAAGUCCUCCUCCAUCUCCAGAUCUUGCUCACGGUCCAGGUCUAGAUCUACGUCCGGGAGUCCUCCCCCCCCCCCAUCCAAGAGGGAAUCCAAGUCCAGGUCGCGAUCCAAGAGUCCUCCCAAGUCUCCUGAAGGGGAAAAAGGACAAGUGCCCUCCUAGGAAAAUGAUCAUCAGCUAACGCGUGAUGGAGGACUUGGGGAAAAGGACUCCAUACUCAGUCCAUGGAAGCAGAGUCACUGGAAGAAGCGACUGCCUAAUGAAACGGCCCGGCUGCAUAGCAGUUGAGUGAUGCUGGUUAGCUGUUAAGGUGGCCUGUUGCAGUGCAGAGUGCUGAGCUGUUUCCUGUUUUCUUCUGAUUGCUCCUGAAAAAAGAAGCCCUGUCCUGAAGAACAAAUGGCUGUUCAGUUUAUUAAAAUGCCUGUCAACUGCCCUUCCAGUCACCCGGGCCUGGAAGAGAAAUAAUAGAGCAUGCAGUGAGCACAUCGAGCUGAUAUGAUAAUCACACCUCUUCCCCCUCCCUAUUCUGUUAAAUGGCAAAUCUGAUCAUGUCAACAUACAUGAACUUAAAAUAUGGGGAAUGUUAUGGAAGAAAUGGUUUGUAACUGUAGGUACUUAUAACAUGGUGUAUGUUUUUGAUUAUGAAUAUUUCUUACUGUAACCAUGUUUCUAUCAUUGAAUUAAAAUGUUUUCUUG